AUGUACAAACUCUGCCUUUUGCUUUUCGUCGUUUUUUCGGCGCAUCUGGUGACAUCGCAGUCGUUCACGUGUAAUCCCGCUUGUGUUCAACCACAAUUGUGCGACUACAAUACUGGUGAGUUUUGAAAUUCAGAAAUCAGAGUUUAAGUCCUGUUUUUACGUGCAUUAUCAGUAUUCUCGAAGGCGUAGAGCUUGAGUUCCUUAGGGGACCGUUUUCUGAUGGAUGGCACGUUAUAGGUUAGAACAGAGAGGUUGACAAAAAUCGGUUCCAACUAGGUGCAUCAGAAAACGGUCCCCUAAAGAGCUCAAGCUGUACACUUUCGAGUUCUGAAAUUGGCAAAAUCCGGACCGUGGCAAAAAAUGGAGUUUUCUGGAAUAUUCCUUAUUCAGGAAGACGAUAACUGCUCUUUCUGACUAUACAUAGUUAGCGAAACAAAAACAAUUCAAAAAUGUUUAACAGAAUCCAUGCGCCGGGCCGUUGCAACUAUGUUUUUAAUGGUGUACUUAGAAAAUUUGACUUUUCAAAUUGCAGGUGUAUGCCGAACUUUCCGUACAGCCUUCAACGGUCCCGUCUCUAUUGGUUGCUCCGCCUGCCCUUCAGGCACAUCUUGUGACACGAACACGGGUGUCUGCCGCACGUUCCGCGUGCCCAACAACUGA